GAAUCGUGUUGCAGCCGAGUGAUCCAUCUUCUCGGCACUAAAGAAGGUCCGGGUUAGGCCACGCCCCCUGGUUGCUACCUGUAGAAAAAUGUAACAGGUGAACUCCCAGCUCCCACCCGGACCACCGCUGAAGACACGAUGAGUCUGCCGGACUACAAAUCAACAGAAAAACCGCCUUCGUCCGCGGCUCCGAACUUUCAUGUUGUGCAGUUAAAUGUCGGGGGUCACCUGUACACCACCACUCUGAGCACGCUCAGGAAGCACUCCGACUCCAAGCUGGCGGAGAUCUUCAGCGGACCGCCCAAACUGCGUACUGACACACAGGGACGCUACUUCAUCGACCGCGAUGGGUCACACUUUGGAGCCAUCCUGGAGUUCCUGAGAUCAGAACAGCUGCCCAAGGAGAACAUCCAGGAGGUUCAUAAGGAGGCGAUCCACUACAACAUCAAACCGCUGAUCAAACUCUUGGAGGAGACUCCUCAGCUGUUUGGAGAGCUGGUGGGAAGGCAGCAGUUCCUCUCCAGAGUCCCACACUACAAGGAAAACAUCGAGGUUCUGAUUCGUAUCGCCAGGGCCGAGGCCAUCGCCGCACGCCACUCCUACAUCAUCAUCUGCGUGCUGAGGACGGAGGAGGAUUUGGGCUUCUAUGAUAAUGCCAUUAACAGCUUGGAGGCGGCUAAGGAGUCGGUGGUGACGUUCGGGCCGUGGAAGGCCGCCCCGUUGGUCAAAGAUCUGCUGGACUGUGUAAAGAUGGACAUCGAGAACCAGGGCUACAGGGUGAGCAUCCAGCCUCACGCCGUGGAGAAGAGCUUCCUGUCCAGGAGCUACGACUACUUUUAUCAACUCACAUUCACCUGGUGGUGAUGAGACGGCUGAACAAAACUUGAAACCGUGCAUACUCUUUCUUUAAAAAAAUUACAGACUGCACUUUGUUAUGUUUUUGUUAUAGAGCCACACUAAAACAAAGGCUCAGUAAAGCAUCGGUCUAUCAUUAAUUUCAAAGGUACUGACUUCCUGAAAGAUGGAAAAAAAAGAGGGCUUGUAGCUUCUGCUUGUGAUGAGUGAAGUGCAUCUUUCCUAGUAGCCAGCAGGGGGCGACUUCUCAGGUUUCAGAAGUCCAGCUUACCUCAGGGGACACUUUAGUGAUGAGUUUGGGGUCUUACUCUCUAGCUUUCAGUCUUGUUUACUAGGACAUGAUGAUAUGUUUUAAUCAUUGUCUCUGUUAGUGUCCAGAAGGACUUCAGGCCGGGGCAGCCUUGUGAUUUUCAUCUGCCUGUCUGUGUUUGUCAGUCAGAGCUACGCCUCACCGUUUUUUCCUUUUCAAACUUGAUAUUUUUAUUUAAACAAUAAAUGUUCAGCUCAAGGCUUCACAGCAGGACCUGAAUAAUCAGUGUGUGACGUUGCAUUAUGGCUAUGUUAAUGUUUUAUGUACAGUCUGUGGGUUUAAGCACCUGCUGCCAAGCAAAGAUUUCUAUCUUUUAAUUCAUUUCAGCUGCUUAUAAAUAUAAAUGUUGGUUCAUAUUCAGUGCUGUGUUGAACAAACACUAACUACUCUAUUAUUAAAUCUUCUUGUCCACCCGCAGGUCUCAGUAGUAACUUGUUUAAUUAGAUGGCAUUGUCCACACGUGAAACUCAUCCUACUGUCGUUACUGUAACACGAGCCACACAGCUUCUUGCAUACGAUUUGAUGCAAAUAAUAAAA